CUCUCUCUCUCUUUUUUUUUUUUUUUUUUUAAGUUGUGUAACCCUCUUCACGGUGUAGUGUUACUUCACUUCAUAACAGUGUCCUUGCUGCAAGAGAGAAGUUCACCCGAAAUCAAAAGGGACCUCUAACACUGGCGAUCAAGGACACCGCGAGCGCGCGCACACAACACACACACACCAGUUCAGCACGCGCACUUCUCUCUCUUCUCACCUUGAGCCGCGUAACCUACACAUUUUAUUUUGGGAUAACAAAUCGUCCUGGUCCUCAGACAGAUCUUCACCAGCUCGCAUGCAAACCGGGAAUUUAAUUUAGCUGCGCAGAGCUCGUGGGACGUUUUGCAGUGUGUGUGUGUGUGUGCGCGCGUGAGUGAGCGUGUGUGCAUGUGUGUGGCGGUGCUUUAAAGGAUCUCGAGCUCUCGCAUGAUGUACACAAUAACCAGAGGCCCGAGCAAACUCGUUACACAACGUAGAACAGGUCCCACACAGCAGCAGAUUGACAGCAAAGCCACCGACUUGAAGCACAAACGGAGCCACUGGCUCGAGUCCAACUCGCCCGCUCCCAAAAUCGUAUUUCAGCGCCUCAACACGAAGCGCUUUCUCAGAUCCACCUCGCCAAAGGAAGAAGACACGACUGAAGGCUUUACGCCGGCACACGAGGAGAACGUACGAUUCGUCUACGAAGCGUGGCAGGAGGUAGAGCAGAAACUUGGUGAAGGAGCUCAGCCCGAGAACGGGAAAGGCCCGGUGCAGUACGCCGAGAGGAAUCCCAACCCCAGCAUGAAAAACUUUGUGCCUAUCGAUCUGGAGGAGUGGUGGGCGCAGCGCUUCCUGGCCACCAUCGCUAAUCCGUCGUGACAGGUGUAGAAGCGGGGCGCGGCGAGGACGUUGGGGGAAUGUGAGGGUCCAGGGUGUGUUGAGAGGCCAGAAUGCACUACAAACAAACGCACACACACGCAUACAUACAUAGACAGAGAGAUGUGAGAUUUUCAUUCUGCUGCUGUAAAUUUGUGAGACUGCAGUGUGCUGAAAUGUGAAAUCUUUUUUUUUCUGGCUGAUCUUUGCAUAAAAAAAUAUGAAAAAACAAUGAAAAAAACAGUAAAUUGUAUUUCAAGA